AUGACCGGCUUACGACACAUUCCACUAAAGUACAUGGUCGGCAUCAGUCUCAUCGGCUGUGCUGUACCAAAACUGCUACACUUAUACAAGUACAAUGGCCAGGCUCUACAAGUAUUCUUUGCACUGUACUUUGGACAGAUUGGCGUAUUCUUAUUUUACGCUGUUCUGAUAUACCCCUUCUUCUUGUCGCCACUUCGCAACUUGCCCAGGGUGAAGGGCGGAUUGCCUCUCGUCGGCCAUGGUAUUGAAUUGAGAAAAUAUGGACCAGGUCUACUUGCAAAGAAAUGGAUAGCGGAAAACCCCAACGACGGCCUCCUGCGCCUUCUAUGGCACGGCAAUCAGGAAAUGGUCAUUGUGAACUCUCCCCAGGCUCUGUCAGAAAUUCUCGUCACCAAAUGUUACAGCUUUGAAAAGCCUGAAUUCGCUCGCCGGUUCCUCGCCUUCAUCAUCGGCUGGGGUCUUCUGACUGUCGAAGGCGACGAACACAAGAAACAGAGGCGUGACAUGCUGCCGGCCUUUUCGUUUCGCCACAUCAAAGACUUAUACCCCAUCUUUUGGGGAAAGUCCUGUGAAUCAGUACGCACAAUGACAGCCGAAUGCGAUGAGAAAGGCUUUGCGGAGAUGGAAAUUUCGUCAUGGACUGCACGCUGCGCCUUGGAUAUUAUUGGUCUUGCCGGCGUGGGAGUAGAUUUCGGUUCCAUCAAGGAUGCCAACAGCCCGCUUGCCCGGAGCUACGAAUAUCUUCAGCCGUCGCCGGCCGAUAUGCCUCUCAUUGGUCUAAGCGCUUUCUUUCCCGAUAUCAUCAUGAACAAUCUUCCCUUGAAGCGGGUUAGGGAUGCUGCGAAGGCUGCUCAGCACAUUCGAGGCGUGUCUCGCGAUUUGAUCCGGAAGAAGAGAGGACUGUUGGCUAAUAAGCAAGAUGCAGGAUUGGAUAUUCUUACCGUCGCGCUGCGAAGCCAACUUUUCUCUGAGGACACAUUGGUCGACCAAAUGAUGACGUUUCUCUCGGCCGGACACGAAACUACCGCAUCGUCGCUGAUCUGGGCAACUUACUUUAUGGCCAAGUUUCCAGAUAUGCAGGAGCGUCUUCGAAAAGAAAUUCGCGAUAACUUACCCUCCGCCGAUAGUGAUACCGAGGUUACUAGCACCGACAUCGACAGUCUUCCGUACUUGAAUGCCGUGUGCAGCGAGGUCCUACGCAUUCACAGCCCCGUCGCGCAGUCUGUCCGCGUUGCCAACCAUGAUACCACAGUCCAGGACCAGUUCAUACCCCGGGAUACUCUCCUUAUACUUGUACCAUGGACCACCAACACCGAUCCAAAGCUUUGGGGCCCUGACGCACACGAGUUUAAGCCAGAACGGUGGUUAACCCCCGAGCAGGGUGGAACAAGUGCGACUAAUGCCGCAAGUGGCGGCGCAACUAGUAACUAUGCAUUCAUGACGUUCCUCCACGGGCCGCAUAGUUGCAUCGGGGGUAGUUUUGCCAAGUCUGAACUUGCGUGUCUGGUGGCUGCGUGGAUUGGGAGGUUCUCUUUCGAAUUGAAAGACAAGUCGCUGUUGGAUGAGAGAAAUAUCAAGAUCAAUCCUAGUAUAGUUGCGAAGCCGGAGGGGGGCAUGCACAUGUUAGUGAGGGUUGUGGAAGGUUGGUAA